GAAACAUGGCGUCCACUCCAGAAAGUGUUGAGUUUGCACAGUAUGUGUCACGAAACAAUUCCGCUAAGGUUGUACAACAGUUGCAGACAUGUUUCUUCCGCUAAAUGUGAUCAUUGUCAACUGAAAUGAGCAUAGUGAGAAUUUUUUAUAUCCAUGGAAAUCAGUCAUCUGUAUUGAUUUUUUGACAGUUGGCAACAAGGAAAAUCUUCAUAUUCAUUAGAAUUUAUGGUUGACAAUAUGUCAAUUGUCAAAGUAUGGAUAAAUUUAUAAUUAUUUUAGUAAACAAAUUAAAUGUCGGUUAUUUAUAGUUAUAGUGCAGAAUUUUUUGGUGUUGAGUUCCUUUUUCAGGUAAUAUUUCAUUGAUCAAAUGACAAUCUUUAAUUUCGUCAGCAAAAAUUCGGUCGAACCUUAAGUUGAAAAAAUUUAUCAAAUGAAGUGGUUUCAUUUAAUUGCUAUUACUUCGAUCUAUAUUUACUGAGAUUAAUAGACACCUAAAACGAAUCUUAUAUUUUUCAAAUAGUCGCUGAUAAUGUUUGAAUACCUAAGCGUUCGAUAAUCUUGCAACUGACAGAAUUGACCAAACAUUGCGACGUCGCGAAAAUCGGCGUAUUACAUUAAAUUUUGGUAAAUAUUUUUAAACAUAAUCAGAAAAGUUAAAGAAUAAUUGUUUUAAUUGUUAUUGAAUCUUUUUUAUUCUAACAUUAAUUGGUGUUUAAAGAAAUCACCGACGGAGGUUGGCAAACUUUUGUUAUGUGUGCGCCGCCUCUUCAAAUAUUGAUUUUGGGCUGGCCAAACGUCUGGCAGUUCAAAGAAAAUUGUGUUCUUGCUUUAACACACGCAAGAAAUUAUCGUUGUGUAGAUACCUUCAACUUAAUUUUUAUGAAAAUUAAUUUCUUAUUAUAACUAAGCCAUCCAUUUGGUAAUAUGAAAAUAUUUAUAAUGGUUCUUCUUGGUGUUUUCUGACUAUUGAUUCAUGUUGAAUGUAAUUAUGUUAUAAGUGUCAGUGAAUGUUAAAUGUUGUUAAUGAUUCAUAAAUAUAUAACUUUAUUUUUACUUUGGAGUACAGCUGAAGUUUGGUAAGAUCAUUUUUAUUUUACCACAGAAAUGGAAAGCAACUAUAGCCAGUUUACCUGAAGAUUAUGGCAUUUAAAAUUAUAAAUUCAAAAUAGCAAUGACCAGUUUGACUUUAGCAUUAGAUAAUAUUGAUGUUACUGAAAAUACAGAACAAAUUAGUAAAUUAUUUCCAAAGUGCAGACCAAGAAGUGAUAUUAACUUAAAUCCGAUCAUUGUCUCUGGAAGAGACCAUGAAUGUAAUGAGAAUACAGAAAAUACUGUCAUGAGUGCCGACAGCGAAAAUGAUAGGAUCAUUGAAAUUGCUGGAGGACGAGAAAUAUAUUCCCAGAGUCGAAGUAAAGCAUUAAGAAAAUCUAGAAAUUCUCUAGCGGUUGAAGAUGGGGAAAAAAAGGUCCAGAAAUCGCCUUUGAGGCAAGGCGUAUGGGAAUUACGUGCACGGAACGAAACGAAAAAGUCACAAAAUUCCCGAGAUUAUACCGAGACAGUAUUUUCGUCCGAAGUAUGUUCAGUGGCUCACGAGAAAAAUGCCGAGGGUGCUACAGAUAAAUCUAGUCCAAUAAAAAUGACGUUGCCCGGAGAAGUAGUAGUUUUCGACGACAUUGGUGAAAACUGGCAUGUUGAUGAAAAUAAAAAGAUACAGAAGGAACAUUUACACACUGCCACAAAUGUUUUCAAUACCGGUGAUACUGAUAGCGAAAAAGUUACCAAAGUAAUAGGAAAUUUACCUAUCGCUGUUUAUGAAGGUUCCCCUAGACGAUAUGGACAAAGAAAUACCGAAUCAAAUUAUUCACACCCGCAGCUUCCUAGUGCACAAAGUUUGUUGGCUUCACCUAGUGUUUAUCCGCCUCGACCUGGCUUUCCACAAAGGGUCGUCAGUACUCCUAGUCCAGUAGAAAAUGAUUCCAAUGUAAAUAAUGAAAACCAUUCCUCAAUUAUAAAAUAUGUUUCUCCGAAUUCAACAACAACAUCUACUUUUGAUUACUUAUAUGAGUUUUCGGAAACUAGAAAAGUACUAGAAGAAUUUUUUAAAUGUCCUCCAACUGAUGAAGAAAAUCGGCUGGAGGUAGAAUUUCAAGAUUUAGAAUACGAAUUAAGGAGACAGGCUAGUGAUUCUGGUAAUUCAUAUGUUGGACAAAGAUUAGCUAAAACCUUACCAGAAGAAAAUGAAUUUUGUGUUCGGAUAGAUAGUCCUAGAAAGUGUAUGAACACUAAUCUAACUAAUCUUGGGCAGGAUCAUGACAUAACGGAGCAUGAGAACAAUUUUUUAGAUCUAUCUAUUGGUACCGGAUCUAGUGGUGAUUUAGGAGAAACUGAGGUAGGUUUACAAGUAGGACAUAGUAGGAAUUUUACUCUUUCUCCGGAAACAACAGACUGUGACUCUAAUUGUGGAGAUUUAGAUAGUGAAGCGUCUUUAAUGUUAAUGGAAACUGACAUGGGACCUUCUGGUGGCCUCUUAGGAUCAAAUACAGACUUAGUUAUUCCUAGUGAUUCGUUACGCUUAUACUCUAGUAUGCCUGUAUUAGAAGAUGGUUUAUCAUCCGGACAUGCUAGUGAUACAGAUAAUAAUAACCCAACUGUAAUGCUCAUGAAGCGACAAAUAACUGAAAUAGAAAGGGAAAUCAAUCAAGGAAUUUGUAAAUCAAAUUCUACUAAAAUUAAUGAAAAUGGUUUGUCUCCAAAAAACGAAAUACGUAAUGUAUCUUCUAUUGAUAUUAAUGGUUGUGUUAGUAGCUUUGAAGAACCUAUGACGAUAUCUCAAACAGAUUCACUUGAAAAAACACCUCCUCCUCCUGCUCCUGCGCCUCAUCGCCCAAUGCAAGGAGAAAAAACAAACGAUGUUGAAGCAGCUCUAAAAGAUAUUAGGUUAACUCUACAAAGGACAAAAACGCUACCAUUACAGCGUCAUCCUGAAGAAGGUGACGAAGAAAAUGCAACUAGCCCUAUUUGGGUGCCCAGGCAAAGGGGUCUUUCAAAUGCAAGUGGAGAUUCAGAGAGGAAGUUUAAUAGUGGAGGGGAAGAAGAGGAAAAUGACACCGAUUUAGAAACAGACCGACUUCUUGGCCAACAAAGGACUGACGAUCAGGGUUUUUACGAUGAUAAGGGUUGGAGAAAACCUAAAAGUCGGACUAUAAUGCCUCCGAUAAGCCUAGCAAAUCCUAAAAUUUUAAAUAGUGUGGAUGAUGGUACCCUUCCUUUAGUCCCUUCUGAAACACAAAUUUCUGAUCCUCCCUCCCCGACAGCUGCCUCAGAAAAAAGCCAAUCGCCUCAAAGUCAAAAAGGAUCGGUGUCUUCAAAUAAAAUUAAAAAGGAAAAAGAUAACAAAAAGAAAGGCAGGAAUAAAGAAGAUGUGAUCCAACGUUCAGUGUUGAUAGAAGGAGUUCUCUUUCGAGCAAGAUAUUUGGGAUCUACCCAACUCGUAUGCGAAGGCCAACCAACUAAAACCACAAGAAUGAUGCAAGCAGAAGAAGCUGUUUCUAGGAUAAAGGCACCUGAUGGAGAGAGUCAGCCCAGUACAGAAGUAGAUUUAUUUAUUUCCACAGAGAAGAUUAUGGUACUCAAUACAGAUUUAAAAGAAAUCAUGAUGGAUCAUGCGUUGAGGACAAUAUCUUAUAUAGCAGAUAUCGGUGAUCUAGUUGUAUUAAUGGCAAGGCGGCGUUUUGUACCUCAUGAAAUGGAAGAUGCUCCAAAAAUCAACCGCACUCCUAAAAUGAUCUGCCAUGUUUUUGAAAGCGAGGAAGCUCAAUUUAUCGCACAGUCUAUUGGACAAGCGUUUCAGGUAGCUUAUAUGGAAUUUUUGAAGGCUAAUGGAAUUGAAGACCACAGUUUUGUUAAAGAAAUGGAUUAUCAAGAAGUUUUAAAUUCCCAGGAAAUAUUUGGUGACGAAUUGCAAAUGUUUGCGAAAAAAGAAAUGCAAAAAGAAGUUGUGGUUCCGAAAGCGAAAGGUGAAAUUCUGGGAGUAGUUAUUGUAGAAUCGGGAUGGGGCUCAAUGUUACCGACAGUUGUGAUAGCUAAUUUGGCCCCAGCUGGGGCAGCGGCACGAUGUGGUCAACUAAAUAUUGGUGAUCAAAUCAUAGCGAUUAAUGGGGUCAGCUUAGUUGGACUUCCAUUAUCGACAUGCCAAACAUACAUCAAAAAUUCCAAGAAUCAAACAGUAGUUAAAUUAACUGUAGUACCUUGUGCUCCUGUGGUUGAAGUAAAAAUUAAGCGACCAGAUACUAAAUAUCAACUUGGGUUUAGUGUACAGAAUGGGGUGAUUUGCAGUUUACUUAGGGGUGGUAUAGCAGAAAGAGGAGGUGUGCGAGUGGGACACCGGAUAAUUGAAAUUAAUAACCAAAGUGUCGUGGCGGUACCUCAUGAAAAAAUUGUAAAUUUAUUGGCCACUUCUGUAGGGGAAAUUCUAAUGAAAACAAUGCCGACUUCCAUGUUCCGUUUGCUUACUGGUCAAGAAAAUCCUGUAUACAUCUAAGUUGAUAUUAACCAAGGUUCGAAAGUGCCUACUUGUAGUUGAUAUUGAACUGUCCUUGGGAAUUGUUUUAGUUUUGAUCGUGCUUGAGUCGCAGAUCAAUAUAUUUUUUAUUGUUAGAAUAAGUUCAACAGACUGAAGACAAUACAAGCAAAGAACUGCGCUCUGCACAAAUCUUUUUGCGCUGAGCUUUCGUGAUAGACCAUAUCUCUGCUUUGUCGCGUAAUUCGUUCUAUCAUUUUAGCUAAUAUGAAUGAAAAGUUUCGUUGUCUUGGGUGUAAUGUUUACUUUUUUUGAUUAAAGUGUAUAUGUGAAUCGCCCAGACCUUAUCACCAGUCUUGAAAUUUAUAUAUUCAUGUUGAUUAGCAUUAAGAAAUAAAACUCACUUUUUUUACAAUCAUAUAUUUAUCAAGAAAGUGUUUUACAUUAUGUGUCUCUUUGAAAUGUUCAAGAUAAAAAGGGAUUUUUUCAACUGUAAAUAUUAAUUUUAUUCUUCUGAGCUGCUCACAUAUACUUUAUGAAAAAAGAUGGUAGCCAUUGAAUUCAUUUCAAUUAAAAAUCGUUUGGUUUCCACAUCAAGCUGAUUAAGUAGUGGAAGUGAGAACUAAUAUAUAUUUAAUAGUUUUAUUUUUUUUCUAUGCAAAGUGUCGAACAUCUGUGAAUUAAUCUUAACAGUAUAAACGGAAAUUGGUUUAAUAAUUUUUUCAAAUCUUAAGUUAUUUUGAGAAUGAAAGAUUUCACACUAUAUAUAUAUAUAUAUAUAUAUAUAUAUAUAUAUAUAUAUAUAUAUAUAUAUAUAUAUAUGUAUAAACAACUAAAGUACUUAUUAAGCCUAAGACAAUUUCAACUUUCGUGCACUCUCUUUCAGAAACUGCAUUGCUCAAAUUAAGCGUUGUGAAUGAAAAAAGUCUUGUCCAAUUCAUAUUAUAUAUAAUGUUUUUUUUAUAACAGAUAUAGCUCAUUCUAUGAAAUACGUUGCUACAAAAAUUAUCCAGAUCAGUUCAAUCUGAAAGUUGUGUUUGAAAGUUGUAUAAUUUUAUCAAAGGAAGUGAUAAAUAAGUACAAUUUAGAGGACUUAACAGUUGAAGUGUGAACCAAUAAACUUCAGUUUUGACACUUUUUUUUAUUGCACCAUCCAGUAAUCAUAAUUGUUAUUUUACACAUUGUCUUUUGAACAUAAAAAUGAAAUUAAAAUUACGCUGUAAUGACAAAUAGUGAAUUCUGAGGAAAUCAAUAUAAUAAGCUCUCUGGUGUAAACAAAUUCGCUAUUAAAUUUAAUAUACCAUAUUGGUGAGUAGAAAAUUGAUCGUCGAAAAACUUCUUUAUAAUAAUAACUUUUCCUAUUCAUCAACUGUUUUUCACAUAAAAAGAAACUCAAUCAUUGCAUUACAAAUAUUUAGAGUAAAUGAAAUCUAGUUGUAUUCAAUUAAAUUGAAUAAUUUAGUUUUUAUAUAUUUUUCGUGAAUAUUUUGAUAAAGUUCGAAGUAGGUCGAAACGUUAAUUAUUAUACAUUAUUUUAAACUGAUUUUAAUACAAAAGAGACCUAAAAGCAAGUAAUUUAUUUCUGAAAUGUAUAUUAUCUUUUCUCUACAGGAUUACAAGUACAAAAAAAUGUUUUCUUAUUAUUAUAUCAGAUUCAAGAUACAGAAACAGUUGGGAUUUUGUUAUGAAGACUUGGAAUUUUGGCAGAAUUAUUGUUUUUUUUUUAAUCAAAUGCAAAAACCUAAAAUUAACAUAAGCAGAAACACUAAGAGUUUUUAUCAGAUGGUUGUCACAAUUCAUAAAUUAAAUGAUCGUAUAAAAUAAUAUCAGUAGUAAUUAUUUUUAGCGACAAAAUUUUUAAAAAUAAGCUUUUUUUCUGAUAUUUUUUUGAGAUUCUCAAAUACCGUUUUUUCUUAUUAGAGUUCACUUUAUACAAAAGGUUUUCAAUUUCUUUCGCAUUUUUUAUGACGUUGCAACAUUUCUAAAAUAUCAAAAUGAAAAUAAAGAAUAGCGGUUAUGCGAAUUAUUGAUAUUUUAUUAUUCUAUAAUACAAUUGUACUAUUGUUGCGUUUUCAAUCUCGGCGUAGAACUAUUUAAGUUUAUUGGUCCAGUACUUAAAACAAUUACUUCCUUUUCUAAACAUCAAACUUUUACCUAAAAUGACUGCGUUACAACUAUAUAUUCGUUAUUGUGAAUGUGAAAAGCAUACCAAAGACUGUUGGUUGGCUUGAAAAAUAUGUCAUCUAAGUCUUGUAACCACUGAAUGGUUCUAUCUGUAUUUUCGUUUUGAAACAUUUUUCAUGAUAAUUUUUUAGCAAUAAACUAUAUUUCAUCAUCUCAUUACUUAUUUUAAUUUUGUUUCAAUGAAAUUUGAGUCUUGUUCAUAAAUUUCCCAACAAUCAUUUAACAACGCUCUGUAGAUGUAGUGAUAUGAAUAGCUACUUCUCGCAAUUGCUGGUUUGUUUUAAAAAAAGUUGAAAUCUGAACUUCCCUUAGACAAAUUCCGUCAUGUAAAUGUUAUUAUUAUUUUAUUAUGUAUGUAGAAAAUAUGGGUUUAUUUUAAUUUAAUUAAUUUAAUAAAUAUAUAAUAGUAACGAUUUAUUUAUAAUCGUCAAUGUUGGAUAAGAAUUUAUAUUGUUUUUGUUCCAACUUAUUAUGGUCAACUCAAGUCAAUUUAGAAAUAAAUAGUAACAAAAUAAAAAUAUACUCUCCUCAAUAAUUCACAACCUUAACGCAUAAUUCUAAUGUUAAGAGAUUAUGCAAUGAACUGAGCAAAAAGUUGAUGGAGAAAGAAUCGAAAUUGGAGAAAUAUGAAAAUAAUCUAUUUUCUAAUUUCACCUAGAUUGUCAUGCAUGAAAAGAGAAUUCUCUUCUACAAAAGGGAUUGAAAGGUACGACUUGUGUUGAUAAUACUUCAAUCAUAUACCUGUGAAUAUUAAGACGACCUCUUCCAAUUACCACCUCGUCGGUGUGGCCCUCCAUUUUAAUACCACCACAUACCACUUUAAGUAUACUUUGGUUGUAUGUAACUAUUCUUUUGUCUAAUGAAACACAUCGAUCAGUGCCAAUUAGCAACAUAUGGACUCAUCUGAGAACAUUACAUUCGGCCAAAAUUAUUUUUAAAAAAGUGCUCUUUGAUGUGUUGGAGUUAUCAGCGGUUUGGUUGCAGGCACUGUGGGCCUCAAAUCACACUCUUAAAUCGUUAUUGAGUCAUUGCUUAUUUCUUAUUGAUAGCACCACACAAAGUCAUACAAGGCGAAGUUGUCUUAAAAAACCUUUACCUUAACUCUCGAAGUUAAUCCUAAUAUGCAAUAGUUAUAUGCCCAUGGCCUUAACCAGGUCCUCGUUGAUGUUUUCUCGUCCCUUAAAACCUUUUUUUAUCAAGUUACAGGUCGUGUACUUAGGUAAAAAGAUUUCAAAAUAGACCAUUUAUUUCAUUUUAGUAAUUUUACAUGUUUUACAAUACAUCAGCCAAAACUAUUAAAAGUCCUUAUACAUCAUCAAAAAUAACUUUUUUGAGGGAACAAAUUUAGCUAGAAAAAGAAACUAAUUAUACUUUAAUUUUGCAAUAUAGAGAACUCCAUGUUGUUUCUAUUUAUAUUGAAAGAUAAUGUUUAAAAACAUUUUUUUCCAGUUUAGCAUUAGCAUUAAGUUCCUCGCAUUAGAAGGAACUGGUGGUUUGUUCAUGAAAAAUGUGUUCAAAACUAUUCUUUGGGUUCUAGAAAUCCUAUAAUUGCUGCAUAAUUUAACAUUUGCUUCACACUGUGUCUACAUUUAAAAAUGAUAUUAUUUAAUAAAGAGCUAACCACUUG